AUGCAGAAGGCUCUCUCACUCGCAUCCGUAGGGGCGUCCUGGGUCGUGACCACCCGACCCAUCCCCAAGCCCGGAAAAGGCCAAAUGCUCGUGAAGAUCGCCGCCACGGGUCUGAAUCCUUUCGACGCGUUUAUGCAGUGCGGCGCAUACCCAAUGAAGCCCGAGUCUUGGCCUAUAAUCGGUGGGUGGGACGUCGCGGGCUCGGUCGAGGAGCUGGGCGAAGGGGUGGAAGGGUUUAAGAAAGGUGAUAGAGUGAUGUACCAGGCAGAUUUUCAUCCAGAUAAAUACGGCUUCCAGGAGUACUGCCUCACCGAAGUGUCCACAACGGCCAAAAUCCCCAACAACAUCUCAUUCGAACAAGCAGCCACCGUACCUCUCUGCUUCCCCACUGCCGCCAUCGGCCUCCACGGAAAACGCGCUUCAGUAAACAGCCGCACGCGCGGCGGUGCGGGUCUCGUCGCUCCCUGGGAUGAAGGUGGCAGGGAUAAGUACAAGGACGAGCCGAUCAUCGUGACGGCUGGCGCGAGUUGCCUAGGACAAUUCACUAUCCAGCUCGCGAAGAUCUCCGGGUUCAACCCCAUCAUCACCACCGCAUCCGCCCACAACAAAGCCUACUGCUCAGCCGCCGGAGCGACGCAUGUCAUCGACUACCACGCCACGCCAUAUUCCUCGCUCGCCUCCGCCGUCGCGUCCAUCACCUCCAAGCCCAUCAAAGUGAUCUACGACGCCGCGUCCGCCACGACCGCCUCCGAGACCCAGAUCGCCUGCUGGUCCGUCCUCAGCCCCGGCGGGACGCUCAUCGUCGCCAUGCCUCCCUCAAAGGACAUAGGCGCGCCCGGCGUCGAGGAUAAAGACGGGAAGUUCAUCGCAUGGUUGUUUGGGAGUGUGACGGACGAUGUGAUAGGCGACGUUACGCUCGGAAGGAGUAUGUUCAAGGCACUGGAGGGCCUGAUGGAGAAGAGGGAGAUCAGGCCGACGAGGGUCGAGGUGGUGGCGGGUGGACUGGCCGGGGUCGAUGGCGGUUUGCAGAAGUUAUUAGCUGGGAAGAUCAGUGGGACGAAGUUAGUUGUCAGGAUCGCGGAGACGCUUUAAGAAGACGACUUUGCUGCGAUGUGGAGUCCGUUUUCAGGCUUUUCACGGUUAGUGUACUGCCAAUGUAUGA